CGGCUCCGCCGCCGCCUCACAGCUUCAGUGGACAGCUCCGUGGUGCUGAAGCCACGCAGACCCUCAGCGCCAGCUCUCCGUUCGUGACUGGAGCCAUGGCGGGAUUCUCGUGGAAACUUUUUCUACUCUCUUCUCUGCUCGUCGUGGAAAGCUCCGCGCAAGACUUUGGACAGACGCAGUUCAUUUGCACGUCGGUGCCCAAAGACAUGGACUUGUGCACAGCCUCCAUGCAGAACAGCGGGCCCGCGGAGGACCUGAAGACCACCAUCAUCCAGCUGCGGGAGACCGUGCUGCAGCAGAAGGAGACUAUCGUGAACCAGAAGGAGACAAUCAGGGAAUUGACGUCCAAGUUGAGCCGCUGCGAGAGUCAGAGCCUCCCGGCUGCUGCGGGACCCGGCGGGAGGCGGCCGGGCUCCAAGAACACCAUGGGGGAUGUAUCUCGGGGCACGACGGAGACUCUGGCCCAGCUGGGACAGACUUUACAGACGCUCAAACAGAGACUGGAGAACCUCGAGCAGUACAGCCGCGGGAAUAACAGCGCGCAGGCGAACAGCCUGAAGGAUCUGCUGCAGAACAAGAUAGACGACAUGGAGAGACAAGUGCUGUCCCGGGUCAACACGCUGGAGGAGAGCAAACCGGGCGCGAGGAACGAGUCCGAGCAGCGGAACAGGGUCGAAUCCACGCUCACGUCCCUGCACCACCGAAUCACUGACCUGGAGAAAGACAAGGACGGCAGGCCCACAGAUAAGUUCCAGCUCACCUUCCCCCUGAGAACCAACUACAUGUAUGCCAAAGCCAAAAUGAGCCUCCCUGAGAUGUACUCCUUCAGUGUGUGUCUGUGGAUCAAGUCCAACGCUUCACCUGGCGUGGGGACGCCUUUUUCCUACGCCGUCCCAGGUCAAGCCAACGAGCUGGUCCUGAUCGAGUGGGGGAACAACCCCAUGGAGUUCCUCAUCAACGACAAGGUUGCAAAGUUGCCGUUCCUCAUCAACGACGGAAAGUGGCAUCACCUGUGCAUCACGUGGACCACUCGAGACGGCAUGUGGGAGGCCUACCAGGACGGAGUACUGCGGGGAAAUGGGGAAAACCUAGCGCCAUACCACCCCAUCAAACCAGACGGAGUGCUGGUGCUGGGACAGGAGCAGGACACGUUGGGAGGAGGCUUCGAUGCGACGCAAGCUUUCGUUGGCGAGCUAGCACACCUAAAUAUCUGGAAUAAGAAACUUUCUAUGGCAGAGAUCUACAACUUGGCAACGUGCAACAGCAAAGCACCAGCCGGCAAUGUCUUCUCUUGGACAGAGAACAACAUUGAAAUAUUUGGUGGAGCAACCAAAUGGACCUUUGAGCCGUGCCGUUCACUCAACUGAACUGUGCUUUCAAGAAAGGCCUCUACGUACUUCUGCGCUUUUGUCGUUCCCAUCUUCCUUUUGUUAGAGACUUCGGUCAGCUUAAAUCUGGGAUUUAUAUUAGCUAUUUAACAUCUCGAGGGACUCUGAAUCCACGCCCCCUUGGAAGCCUCUGUGAGAAAAUAUUGGCAUUUGCUCUCGUUUUUUUUUCCUUUCUUGGGCGUUGAGUUGAAAGCACACCUCAACUUUUUGUCUGGCUCCUCUGAUCUUGGACGUGCAGCUGGUGACCUCAUGUCUGGCCUGUUGGCGGCGUGAUGCUGUCCGCCCCAAUACCUGUCAGUGUUUCGCGCCGUGAAGUGAUGUCUAAUGUGGUACAGCUCUCAGUGAAACCCAUCUGCCACAACGACCCCUCGUCUCCUGCUCUGUCCUUCACUUUACCCCCCCCGGAACUUGCACUGUGACCGACUGAAGAAGAAUGCCGGAAGAGGAGGGUACGAUGAAAGACGCCGCAAGGUCAAUUCGUUAUCAUCGUGCGCUUCAAGUGUUUCUGUGAGAAUGUCGUCAAAACUUGCCAACAUCGCUACGAAGCCUGGGUGCCUUGGGCUGGUUUCUAGUAUUCAGCACAUUCAGUAUGUUUUCAGUUGCGAACUCAGUGUGUACUCUUUUCUUCUUCCUUUCAAAGCUGGAUUUAUUCUCUGGUUCCCUUUCUCUGGUUGGUAAAUGUACUUUCAUUUGACUGACAUGAUGUGUUUUGGCAGGUGUUUGUACUCCUCUGUAUUAGGAAUGUUACCGUGUCUGUAGAGUAACAGCAUGAAUGACGGAGUGCUGUGAAAGCAUUGUUGAAGUCUGCUUUACAAUCUUCUCUGGGUCUGGGUUUUUUACUGUAUUGUUAUAUGCUCCAAGCAUGGCAAAACUGAGAGAUGAAGAAUUUAAUUUUUGUAAUAAAAUUGUGAUACCUGA